CGGGGCGUUAAUAGAAUCCCCUCACUGAGACAGUUUUUGGGCGCGUGCCCAGUAUCCUCAUUUGGCCCGAGUUGUCUUGCACGGCGCCUGCGUUGUAGAGAAAGGUUUCUUGCUGGUUGCCUCUCGGCCUUAAUUGUGUAAAUUCGGCUUCCGGAGCUAGCUACUUUCUGUAAUAGCAAGAGAAGACCGGUCGACAUAGAGUAUUGCAUAUUGCCUUAAAUUAGCUAGUGUAAGGAAAUAUCAUAAGGAUAUGUUUGUUUAAAAUCGUAACAGCCAUACAUAGCUAGCUACUUCUAACGGUCGCUUGUUAGCCAACUCACAGUCUAGUUAUCGCCGACAUCUAAAAGCUAGCUAACGAGUUUAGCUUUGCGCUAGCAAAUGCUAACCCUUCCUAGCGUUACGUUGCUUGCCUACGUUGGAUAUUGUUAUUUACCUGCUUGCUUAACUAGGUCUAUGAGACUGCUGGAAACCAUAUGGUCCUACCUCAUCACUGUAGCAAGCUAGGUGAAUAAUUUGGUUGGCAUGAUAUAUGUGUGGGUGUAACGUUAAUUCCCGAGUCCGGGCAAGAAGUACCCGGAAGGGAAGAGCAGCUGCCACUUUUGCUGAUGUAUGAUCAAGCUAACGUUAUAACUGUAGACAAUAGCGAAUAGUUGCAACGAUUAGACUGUGUGGGACCCGGCAAUCAAGCUUUCAAGUCUAAUUUGGGAUAAAUGGUUUGAAAAGAAGAAAGCCCAGCACUGAUUUAGCAGGAUCACGAUCACCACCACAGCCAUUCUGCCUCUCCUGUCCCCACUACCUCCAUCCAGUCCCCAGUGUCUGUCUGUCUGCUCUGAGAGCGAGCGGUCUAUCUGGGCUAUACAGAGAAACGAAGGACAACACAGCCGAGAUUGAAGCACCAGCACUGACUGACAGAUUUUAGUCUCUAGAGACCACACGAAGGACUUAGACAGCGAGAGAGAGCCCAGUUGGAGGGCAACUACCUGCGCCACUCUUAACACUAAUAGGGUAAACAACCUGAUUUGAUCUCCCUGCAUCCUCUGUCUUCUCAUCCCUAACAGGGGAACAGAAGAAGGAGGAGGAGUUGCUACUUUUGCUGCAGAGGUCCUCUUUAACCUGGUCCUGGGACACAGCAUAUUGUUUUGUUCAACACCCCUGCUCAGUACUGCCCUACCCACAUCAGCCAACGGUGGUGUCACAAAGCAGACGGGUCUCUGUCCCCUACUCUGUCGUCACUUUGAUUUAUUCUCUCAUUUUUUCCCAGUUGGUUUUGAGUCAACACCUGCCGACAUCAGCCAUCACAAAGCAGCGGGGUCUCUUUCUGUAGGACUGCAGUAGCUUUUAGGCUAUUUAUUCUCACAUUUUUUUCCCCGUUUGGUUUUGGAGCCUGGUUCUUUUACCGGCUGCUUGAACUGCUGAAACUGGGGCGCGAUUCAUGGGAUGCAACCAUGUCGGAUCUCAGUGAGCGCAGGCCGGUCAACACGGACUAUGCGGUCUCCCUGCUGGAGCAGCUCAAGUUCUUCUAUGAACAGAAGUUACUGACUGACGUGGUGCUGCUGGUGGAGGACAACGAGUUCCCAUGUCACAAGAUGGUGCUGGCCACAUGUAGCUCCUAUUUCAGGGCAAUGUUUAUGAGUGGUCUGUCUGAGAGUAAACAGACUAAUGUUCACCUGAGGAAUGUGGACCCUGCCACUCUCCAGAUCAUCAUCACCUACGCCUAUACAGGCAACCUGGCUAUCAAUGACAGCACUGUGGAGCCACUCUAUGAGACCGCAUGCUUCCUACAGGUAGAGGAUGUGCUACUGCAGUGCAGGGACUACCUGGUGAAGAAGAUCCACGCAGACAACUGUGUCCGGAUGCUGAGCAUCGGGGAUCUGUUCUCCUGUGUGGAGCUGAAACAGAGCGCAAAGCGCAUGGUGGAACACAAGUUCCCCGUAGUGUACCACCAGGAGGCCUUCCUACAGCUGUCCCACGAGCUGCUGGUCGACGUACUGUGCUCAGACAACCUCAACGUGGAGAAGGAGGAGACUGUGAGGGAGGCUGCCAUGCUGUGGCUGGAGUACAACAUGGAGGCUAGGUCCCAGUACCUGUCCUCAGUUCUCAGCCAGAUCCGCAUCGAUGCUCUCUCCGAGGUGACUCAGCGUGCCUGGUUCCAGGGCCUACCGCCUAACGACAAGUCUGUCGUAGUGCAGGGCCUCUACAAGUCCAUGCCCAAGUUCUUCAAACCCCGCCUGGGCAUGACCAAGGAGGAGAUGCUCAUCUUCAUGGAGGCCACGUCAGAGUGGCCGGCCGACAUGGGUCACGUGAUGACGGGCCCCAACCACACAGUGGUAUGUUACAGCCCACAGGCCGAGAAGGUCUACAAGCUCAGCAACCCGCCCGGCGAUCUCCAGAAGGUUGGGACGCUCGUCACACCCGACAACGACGUGUUCAUCGCUGGCGGGCAGAUCCCGCUUAAGAACUCGAUCGCCAACCACGGGAAGAGCGGUGGAAAGCUACAGGCGGUGUUCCGAUCGGUGGAUAGCUUCUUCUGGUUUGACGCCCAGCAGAAUGCAUGGGUGCCCAAGACGCCCAUGCUGUGUGCCCGCAUCAAGCCCUCUCUGGUCUACUGCGAGGGGUAUAUCUACGCCAUCGGGGGGGACAACGUGGGCGGGGAGCUGAAUAAACGUACCGUAGAGCGCUACGACUGUGAGAAAGAUGAGUGGGCCAUGAUGAGCCCUCUCCCCUGCGCCUGGAACUGGACCACGUCCGUAGCAGCCCACGACUGUAUCUACGUGAUGACCCACGACCUCAUGUACUGCUACUUCCCCCGCGCUGACACCUGGGUAGAGAUGGCCAUGAGGAAGACCAGUCGCUGCUUCGCCUCCGCCGCCACAUUCGGUGACCUCAUCUUCUACAUCGGGGGGCUCCACGUCGUCUCCAACUCGGGUGUCCGCAUGCCCACCAGCACCAUCGACGGCUCUUCCGUCACUGUGGAGAUCUACGACGUCGGCAAGAACGAGUGGCGCCUGGCUGCCAACAUCCCCGCCAAGCGCUAUUCGGACCCGUGCGUGCGGGCUGUGGUGCUCCUUGGCUCUCUGUGCAUCUUCAUGCGCGAGACUCACAUGAACGAGCGCGCCAAGUACGCCAUCUACCAGUACGACCUGGAGCUCGACCGCUGGUACCUGAGGCAGCCCGUGUCAGAGCGCGUGCUCUGGGACCUGGGGAAGGACUUCCGCUGCGCCGUGGGGAAGCUGUACCCAUCCUGUCUGGAAGAAUCCCCAUGGAAACCACCCACCUACCUGUUCUCCCCCGACGGGGCCGAGGAGUUUGAGGUGGACGGGGAGAUGGUCUCCCUCCCUCACAUAUAGCUCUUAACCUUUCACCUCUCUGCCCCCAAACUGUGUCCCCGACUUGAACUCUGGAUGUGACAUGUUGAGGGAUGGACCUGAAGGCCAGGGGGGAAGGUUUGAUGUCUGUCUGUUCCAGAGGGAUCUGAGAGCUACAAGGCUGUUCUGGCUGCCUGCAUGGCUGGCUGUUGCUGACAAACUAUACAAAGCCUCAGACGUUCAAAAUAUAGGUGAAAAACGAUUCCCCUCAAAAUACUAGUAAUAUGGGAAAAAAAUAGUUUUCUGUUUUUUCUUUUGUCCGUUGCAACUUCAAGUCUGUUAUACUGUUUCUACAAUGUGAUAAUUGAAAGUCGACUGAUUUGUGAUGAUGCACUUACGGGCGAAAAGCUCCUUCGAAUAACUGUAGCAAAUUCCCCCAACCUCCUGGUCUCUCUCUCUCAUAUAUAUCACCACUGUUGUAAACCCACAUCCAUCUCUCCUAGGGACACCUGGCCUGUGUCCCAGCCAUAUGGUACCCUAUUCCCUAAGUAGUGCACUAAAUAGGUAAUAAGGUACCAUUUGGGAUGCUCCUGGUGUAGGAACAUACAGGGCUGAGUGUUGGGGGUGAGUAGGUAGUAGGCCUAGUGUUGGGGGGUGAGUAGGUAGUAGGCCUAGUGUUGGGGGGUGAGUAGGUAGUAGGCCUAGUGUUGAAGGGGUGAGUAGGUAGUAGGCCGAGUGUUGGGGGGUGAGUAGGUAGUAGGCCGAGUGUUGGGGGGUGAGUAGGUAGUAGGCCGAGUGUUGGGGGGUGAGUAGGUAGUAGGCCUAGUGUUGGGGGGGUGAGUAGGUAGUAGGCCUAGUGUUGGGGGGUGAGUAGGUAGUAGGCCUAGUGUUGGGGGUGAGUAGGUAGUAGGCCUAGUGUUGGGGGGUGAGUAGGUAGUAGGCCUAGUGGCGGUAACAGGGAGGUACGGGAGAGAAGGGGUUCUAGGUGGUGACUGCAGGUCCAGUCACUAGCCUUUUCUUCUUCACCUCUGUUCCAGACACGCAACCCCCUGCCUCUCCCCUCAGUCCUCUAGUCCCCUGCCUCUCCCCUCAGUCCUCUAGUCCCCUGCCUCUCCCCUCAGU